AUGAGCAGCACCAACUGCAGCAGCAGCAGCAGCAAUAUUAGCAGCAGCAGCAGCAGCAGUAGCGGUAGCACUAGCCACAACAGCAGGAGCAAAUGCAAGGCUGAACAACUCACCCCACAUCUGCUGCAAGACUGCCUUGGAAUCCCUGGGGAGCUGCUGCGACUGGACGCGAUAGAGUGUUACCGACUCGUCAGCAGCAGCAGCAGCAGCAGCAGCAGCAGCAGCGGGAAGAGGCCCUGCAGCACGACAGCACUACCGGGGCGUGCGUACACCGCAGGGUUUCCUCCUUUACCUUUUUCUCGCCCUCUGCAUUUCAUUGCUGUCCCUUUAGACUCCCCACAGACAGCGCGUUUGGGGUGUCUAUGCACCUCAGCAGCAGCAGCAGCCCUCACAAAUGUGGCUGCCAGGGAGUCUGCGGCAGCGACAGCAACAGCAGCAGCACCAGCAACAGCAGCAACACCAGCAGCAGCAGCAUCAGCAGCAGCAGCAGGAAGCAGCAGCAGCUACAAGUGCAAAGAGUGCGGUGGUUGGUUCUAUCAGCGCUUCUACCCGUGCUAUUUGCCUUUAGAUUCGGAGUGUAUAGGCAGUGGGGCCCCCGAAGAUGUGGGGGCCUUUCUGGCCUCUGUGGCGGGAUCGGGAGUCGUCGCCUCCCGCUCUGGGAUCGACUCCAAACUCUCCUCCGCUAGAGGCGUUCCUGUGGGGUCUCCGGGGCCCCUCAAAGAGAAGCUGCAUGCAAAGGGGGCUUUGUUUGUCUCUCCUUCGUUUGCAUAUGCUGCAGAUCCUGCCUUCGCCCCGUACAUACACCUCAAAGAAGCUGGGUGCCGGGUGCAGGUGCUGCUGGAGUGUUUAGUGCAUCCUUUGGGUUUUUCUCCUUGGCCGCGGUGUAUGUACACCGCAGAGCAGCACAAUAGAGACCUUAUUGACGGCAGCAGAAUGGCGUCUUCUGUUGCUGCUGCUGCAGCAAGAGCAGCAACAGCAGCCUUUCUCAACCGAGCAGACCAUCUCACAGCUUGCGGAUUGUGCCCCCCACCCGCCCCUGCUGCUGCACCCCCGCAGCAGCAGCAGCAGCAGCAGCAGCAGCAGCAGCAAGGGAAGAAGUGGAAGGAGACAGUGCCUUCAAGCAGGGCUGCACACUUCCUCGACUGGCGCAUCUCAGACACUGCAGCACUUGUUCCCUGCCGUCUGCUGCUGGCUGUUGUCCGACAAGAAAGCAGCAGCAGCAGCAGCAGUAGCAGCAACAGCAGCAGCAACAGGGGGAACGUGGCGGAUGCGCUGCAGGCAGACCUGCUGCAGCUGCUGCUGCCGCUGCUGCCGGUGAUGCCGCACCUCACGGCCUUUCGAGAAGACCAGAAAACAGAACCAGGUGCAGCAGCAGCAGCAACAGCAGCAGCAGCAGCCGCAACAACAGCAGCAGCACCAGCAGCAGCAGCAAGAGCGGCAGCAGAAACAGCAGGAAGUGCAGCUGCAGGAGCAGCAGCUGCAGCGGCUGUAGGAGCUGCACAACAGCCAGCAGAUGGACGCAAAAUUGUGGUUAAGGUUGAGCCGCAGCCGCAGCAGCAGCAGCAACAGCAGCAGCACGAGCAAUCUCAGCAGGAGCAGCAGCAGCAAUCUCAGCAAGGGGGACAAGGAGUGGAAGACCAGCAGCAGGCGCUGCAGCAGCAGGCUUGCGAGGACCAAGCGCAACAUGAAGCAAAGACAGAACCGCAGCAGCAGCAACAGCAGCAGCAACAGCAGCAGCAACAGCAGCAGCUGCCACCACGUGUGAAGGCGGAGCCCCCCGAGCUGUACGUACACCAGCAAGCGGAGGCUUCCUCUCCUGCUGCUGACGAGAACAGAGAAGCCUUUCCCAACACUGACAACGGCAGCAGCAGCAACAGCAGCAGCAGCAACAGCUGCAGCAGCAGCAGCAAAAGCGAUGCCGCUGCUGUCAAGAGCCCCAACUGGAGCAGGGAUCCGAAGGCCGAACCAGACACCAAAUGCAGCAGCAGCAGCAGCAGCAGCACCAACAGCAGCAGCAGCAGGGGGAGUUGUACCCUGUCGGGUCCGGCCCCUGAGUCUUCCCCUCCAGUCCAGCAGCAGCAGCAGCAACAGCAGCAGCAGCAGCAGCAACGGCGGCUUUCAAGUUUUGUGAAGAAGGAACCCGACCUGAAAGUCCCCACCUGUAUUACGCAGCAGCAGCAACAGCAGCAGCAGCAGCAGCAGCGCGGGUUGCUGCUGUUAGGCCUGAGUGACGACGAAGAAGAAGACACCACCGCUCUUCUGAAGAAGCUUCAAAAGCCGCAGCCGCAGCAGCAGCAGCAGCAGCGGGAGGAGAAGCAGCAGCAACGGCGGGAGGAGAAGCAGCAGCAACAGCAGCAGCAGAAAGUCUCAGUCUCUAUUCACCCCCAACCCCCGCAGCAACACCAGCAACAGCAGCAAACCCAGCAGCAGCAGAAGGCAGGGGGACAGCCGCAAGAGAAGCAGCAAGCCCUGCUGUCUAAUCUAGAAGCAGAGAUUCAAGCAAAGGAGGCGAGGCUGCGAGCGCUGCAGCGGGAGUUGGAGAGACAGGAGGAGCUGCUGCUGCAGCAGCAGCAGCAGAAGAGGGAAAGAACGCAAAAGAGACAGCGACGGGAGACCAGCAGCAGCAGCAGCAGAAGCAGCAGCAGCGAAGGAGACAGCAGCAGGGGACAAAGGUCCGCAUACACCCGAAAGCGCCCCAAGCAUCUCGGACGCAAGGAGCAGCAGCUGCGCUCUCGCCACCGCCGCUGCAGCAGCAGCAGCAGCAGCAGCGAGAGCAGCAGCGACAGCAGCGACACGCCUGUCAAGUGCAGCAGCAGCAAAAUAGGAGACAGGAGGCUGCUGCAAGAACAGGAGGUCGCAGCAAUAACAUUCCUAUGCUGCGGUGUAUCUGCAGCUGAGACAGCGCGUCUAGAGGCAAAGAUAAGAGAGCUAUCAACGUAA